GACUACUUCCUGCCCCUCCCCUGGGCUGCCGGGACAGCAUAUAACCCCCGCUCAGCCCGCCCUCCCACAUAACUCCCUUCACCAUCCGAAUCCUCGACGUCGGUCUUUGAAGGAAAAAAUCUGACAAAAUGCGUGAGUGUAUUUCCAUACAUGUCGGUCAGGCCGGAGCCCAGAUGGGCAAUGCAUGCUGGGAGCUGUACUGUCUGGAGCAUGGAAUCCAGCCGGACGGCCAGAUGCCCAGCGACAAAACCAUCGGAGGAGGAGAUGACUCCUUCAACACCUUCUUCAGCGAGACUGGAGCAGGAAAACACGUCCCUCGUGCUGUCUUUGUGGACCUGGAGCCCACUGUCAUUGAUGAGGUGCGCACGGGCACCUACCGGCAGCUGUUCCACCCUGAGCAGCUCAUCACAGGCAAAGAGGACGCUGCCAACAAUUACGCCCGGGGCCACUACACCAUCGGCAAGGAGAUCAUCGACCUGGUCCUCGACAGAACCCGCAAACUGGCUGACCAGUGCACAGGUCUCCAGGGCUUCCUCAUCUUCCACAGCUUCGGUGGAGGCACCGGCUCCGGCUUCACCUCCCUGCUGAUGGAGCGUCUCUCUGUCGACUACGGAAAGAAGUCCAAGCUGGAGUUCGCUGUCUACCCAGCCCCCCAGGUGUCCACCGCAGUGGUGGAGCCCUACAACUCCAUCCUGACCACCCACACCACCCUGGAGCACUCCGACUGUGCCUUCAUGGUGGACAAUGAGGCCAUCUAUGACAUCUGCCGCAGAAACCUGGACAUCGAACGCCCCACCUACACCAAUCUCAACAGGCUGAUUGGCCAGAUUGUGUCCUCCAUCACUGCCUCACUCCGUUUCGAUGGUGCCCUGAACGUGGACCUGACAGAGUUCCAGACCAACUUGGUGCCCUACCCUCGUAUUCACUUCCCCCUGGCCACCUACGCCCCAGUCAUCUCCGCUGAGAAGGCCUACCACGAGCAGCUGUCUGUUGCUGACAUCACCAAUGCCUGCUUCGAGCCAGCCAAUCAGAUGGUGAAGUGUGAUCCUCGUCACGGCAAGUACAUGGCCUGCUGUCUGCUGUACCGUGGAGAUGUGGUGCCCAAAGAUGUCAACUCCGCCAUCGCCACCAUCAAGACCAAGCGCACCAUCCAGUUCGUGGACUGGUGCCCCACUGGCUUCAAGGUGGGCAUCAACUACCAGCCCCCCACUGUGGUACCCGGUGGUGACCUGGCCAAGGUGCAGAGGGCCGUGUGCAUGUUGAGCAACACCACCGCCAUCGCCGAGGCCUGGGCCCGGCUGGACCACAAGUUCGACCUGAUGUACGCCAAGCGCGCCUUCGUGCACUGGUAUGUGGGGGAGGGCAUGGAGGAGGGCGAGUUCUCCGAGGCCAGAGAAGACAUGGCCGCCCUGGAGAAGGAUUACGAGGAGGUGGGCACAGACAGCGUCGGGGAGGAAGAUGAAGAGGGCGAGGAGUACUAAGAAGGGCCCUCUUGUUGACCCCCCCAACACCAACACCCAUUAGCCCCUCCCCCCCCAACACCAACACCCAUUAGCUCCCCCCCCCCCCCCAACACCAACACCGACGACCACCCCAACCAGUAACCUCCAAUAUUGAUCUUAUGGCUCCAGCUCCCAACAGCUGAUAUAAAAUGAGUGCGGUCUCUUUGUUGUAGCUUGUCUCCACGGGCAGGCUGAGUAUCAACGGAACGCGCUCCUGUGUCUGUAAGCACAUUCCUCUAAGCUAGAACAUUCCUACAGAUGGGUCAACGUUUUCAAUAAAAACAAAACUAAAAAUCUUAAAAA